AAUCUGUUAUUUAUUCGCUUCCUCUCCACCUCUCAGCUACCAAGAAACACAUUCCAGUUGUGACUUGUGAGUGAGAGAGAGGGGAGAAGCAUUGAUUCCCAUUAAGUUGUUCUCUUUCUGUUUUGUCCUCGCCGUUCUCUUUGCUCUUGCCUUUAGCUGCUAAGCUACUUUUUUUUUAUCCAGUUGAAUAGAAAGAGAGCAUACCCUUGUGAAGCUUUAUUUGGGUUACCAUUUAGACAAAGAGUCGUAUGACAUGUUGUAAGAAUAGCAAAAACUCUUACCAAAAACUUGCAUUAUAUAUUCCAGCUUUCCAUUAUUUCAAAAAAUGUUGCCAAUCUUUGAUCCAAAUGAUAAUGAAGCUGGCUUGAAGCUCUUGGAGGACCUAACCAACAAUGCAUGUCAAAUACAACAACAGGUAUUGGAGUAUAUACUGACCACAAAUUUGCAUACAGGGUAUCUUAAAAGCUUUCUCAACGGCGAUUCUAUUAAGGAAAACUUCAAGAAUAAAGUUCCCAUCGUGAAUUAUGAGGAUAUCAAGCCUUGUAUCGAGCGAAUUGCCAUUGGAGAGCCUUCAUCCAUCAUUUCAGCUCAACCAAUAACUGAGCUCCUCACAAGCUCGGGUACUUCUGGAGGACAGCCAAAAAUGAUGCCUUCGACUGCUGAAGAAUUGGAAAGAAAGACAUUCUUUUAUAACCUCCUUGUGCCUAUAAUGAACAAGUAUGUUGAUGGCUUGGACCAGGGAAAAGGAAUGUAUCUUUUGUUUACCAAACCCGAAAUUAGCACCCCUUCGGGCUUGAUGGCAAGACCUGUUCUAACAAGCUACUACAAGAGCAGCAACUUCAGAAACCGUGCUUUCAAUCGAUAUAACGUUUAUACAAGCCCUGAUGAGACCAUCUUGUGUCCUGAUAGCAAGCAGAGCAUGUACUGCCAAUUGCUAUGUGGCUUAGUACAACGCGAAGAGGUUCUAAGAGUUGGUGCAGUUUUUGCAUCAGCUUUCCUGCGCGCUAUCAAAUUUUUGGAGGAAUAUCAGAAAGAAUUAUGCUCCAAUAUAAGAACAGGUCGUCUCAGUGAUUGGAUCACUGACCCCAAUUGCAGAAAUGCCGUCUCGUCAUUUCUGAGCAAACCCAAUUCAGAAUUGGCUGAUUUAAUCGAGGUUGAAUGUAGCGGCAAAUCUUGCGAAGGGAUAAUUAAGAAGCUUUGGCCGAGAACAAAGUACAUUGAAGUUAUUGUUACAGGUUCUAUGGCACAAUACAUUCCAACCCUUGAAUUCUAUAGCGGUGGGCUCCCAUUAGUUUCAACAAUGUAUGGCUCUUCUGAAUGUUACUUGGGAAUCAACUUCAAACCACUAAGCAACCCUUCUGAUGUCUCUUACACCCUCAUUCCAAAUAUGGCUUACUUUGAAUUCUUGCCGGUUGAUAAAGACAACAAAAAAGUGAUACAGGCUGUCCAGUGCAAUGGUGCUACCGAUCAUAAUGGCAAACAAGAGGAGGAUGGCAAGGAAAAGGACGUUGAAGCUGUUGAUCUUGUGGACGUCAAGCUUGGUCACUACUAUGAACUAGUUGUCACCACUUUUACAGGAUUGUAUAGGUAUAGAGUUGGAGACAUUCUUAUGGUAACUGGCUUCUACAAUAAUGCUCCUCAAUUUCGUUUUGUGCACCGGCGAAAUGUGGUUUUAAGUAUCGAUACUGACAAGACCAAUGAAGAAGACCUCUUAAAGGCGGUGACACAAGCUAAAGUCCUCCUUGAGCCACUCGGUUCCCUUCUAACGGAGUACACGAGCUUCGCUGACACUUCCUCAAUCCCAGGUCAUUAUGUGCUAUUUUGGGAACUUAAGACGCAAGGAACUAAUGAUCUGCCGGAGCUUGAUCCAAUUACAAUGGAAAAGUGCUGCUCCAUUGUUGAAGAAUCGCUCGAUUCUAUUUAUAGAAGGUGUAGGAAGAAAGACAAAUCAAUUGGACCACUGGAAAUAAGAGUGGUAACACAUGGAACGUUCGAUGCACUCAUGGAUUUUUGUGUAUCUCAAGGGUCAUCAGUUAACCAGUACAAGACACCAAGAUGCAUUAAAUCCGAGGAGGCCUUCAAUAUUUUGGAUUCCAGGGUGGUGGGAAGAUUUUUCAGCAAGAAAACUCCUUUCUGGGAGCCUUUCAGAAUUGAAACUAAUUAGUGAAUUAUGGCUAGCUGUUCGUUGUCUUUAAUGGCACUCUCUGGCAUGGAGCUUUGUUUCUGGGGAUCCUCUUCAUAUCCUCUACGUUUUGAUUUCUAGCCUAGUUUGUUCCGUCCUUUUCCUUCUCUGUACGCUGAAUUUGUUUUGAAAUCAUAC